CUCAGGCAACGAGUUCAUCAAAUAUACAAUGUUAUCCUGCGUCUCGAUCAUCAGGAAGCUUGACAGUCCUCUGCUGACGUGAAUCAGAUUACAGUGGCUGCACUCGUCGGGUCACCCACUACGGCCGGGCGAGACAGCGACUACCCAACUACCGUAUCGAACAAGGAAGAAGAAGAUGAUGAUGAUGAAGAUAAAGCAGCAGCAGCAAUAAAGCAAAAGCAAAAGCUCUCUCUCCCUUCCCCCCCUCCUCUCUCUCUCUCUGUGUCUAUAUAUACGGUGUGUUGGAAGACUCAACAAGCACAUCACUUCUCUUCAUCCUCUCUUUGCCAUUGAGGAGAGCGUUGCAGGUAAAUCUCGAGAAGAAGAGCCCGCGAGCAAUGUCGGAAUCAGAGCAGUCGAUGGGAGGCGUCGGUCGGCUGUCUUUGCGGACGACCACCGGGUUCAUGGUGGCCGGGGUGAUCACCUGCUUCGUGCUGUUUGUCCUCGUCUUCUUUCUGUACCUCCGGGCUAAGCGGUACUGGGGCGCUAUCCCGGUCUCCGGCGGCAGGCGCACCCGACUGGCGUUGACGGCCCAGCCGGCCACCGGGUUCGACGCCGCAGCCAUCGUGGCGGCGCUACCUCCGGUGGUGCUCCGUGCUGGGGAUUUGAAGGAGGGCGUCGAGUGCGCGGUCUGCCUCUCGGAGCUGUCGGAGGGCGAGGCGGCGCGGCUGCUGCCAAGGUGCGGCCACGCCUUCCAUCUCGACUGCAUCGACAUGUGGUUCUGCUCCCACUCCACCUGCCCCGUCUGCCGGAGCUCGGCGGUGCUCGAGGAGCCCGAAAAGCCAGAUUCCGUCGCUGAAUCACCGCGCAACCAGGAUUACAGCGGAGAACAGAGUUCGACUUCGUCGGGAUCGUCUUCAGGGACUCCUACGGGCGCGUUGGUGAUCGAGAUACCAAGAAGCAUGGUGGACGAUUUCCAAACUCCAAGUUCGCCACGGCCUGCGAGUAGUCUACCUGAGGAGGCCAUAUCGACGACGACGACGACGACUGCAACGCUGAGGUCAUUGCGAAGGCUUCUGAUUCGUGGGAGCAGGGUGGCCGCCGUUUCUAGUCCCAGAGGACAUGACGUCGAGCAGGAGGGACAUGCUCCGAUCUCGAAAGCACCGACGAGUUCAUGUCACUGAAACAGAGAAAGAUCCAACAUUUACAGUUCCCAUUAGGAUUUGUAUAGGCAGUAGCCAAUGCAUGUCGAGCCACUGCAAGUUUUCAUGGUCAAAAUGGUUUUUCCAUGUUUGUAGAUUGGAAGCAGAGCAUUCCUUCAUCGUUGAUCGAUACAGUGAGUGAUCUUUGUUGCCCAGAAUCCUUCGGAGAUCGUGUUUCUGCCUCAUGGAUCUGCACUAAGAUCACCAUCUCAAUCUCGAUCGAUGUGAAACAAAUUGGAACACGGACUGACCCAUCGUAGAACAGCAGUAGGUUUUGACUGCUACCUUGUGGUUAGGCCAUGGUGAACCAGACAGGAAGGAAUAAAAAGAAGGCCAUUCAAGCAAGCCAACCUCUGCUUUUUCCAAGAACUGAUGUGGACACAUUAUAGGAGUUGGAAAUAUCCAUGGAAUUGUUGGAGUUCCUCUGCAAAUAAACUGUGUGUUCACCA